AUGAAAGAGCGAUUUAUACUUGGAAGUCAAAUUUACGGCAAUAUCACUUGUUAUCAACCUCAUUUUGAAUGUGACUAUGGUUUGUCACAUCCUCGACAAAUUGAAUUAAACAAUAUGAUAAUCAAUGAUUUGAUAAUAGAUCUCGGUUUGCCUCUAUCGAUUGUUGAACGUCCCGCAUUUUUACGAGCAAUAAGUAAAGUUGAUUUUAAAUUUCAUGUUCAAAGUCGUCGAAGUAUCUGUCGAGAAUCUAUACCUGCUGUAUAUGAUAAAAUAAUUGGUGAAUUGAAAACAAUAUGUACAACUGCUAAAUUUAUCUCAUUGACGCUAGAUAUCUGGACUGAUCGGAGAAUGAGACCAUUUUACGCUGUAACUGGUCAUUCAAUCAUUGAUUGUAUUUUUAAAUCAUAUGUUCUCUUAUUUUUGCCAUUAACAGGUAGCCACACUGGUGAAGCUUUGCUAAAUGAAUUUGAAAAAAUAAUUUCAUCGGAUUAUAAUAUUGAAAACAAACUUGUACGACUGGUAACCGAUAAUGCUGCUAAUAAUGCCAAAGCAUUUGACAGUUUGAUAGUUCCUGGUUUUGAGCAUUAUUUUGAAGAUGAUGAAGAUGAUGAUGAUCGGAUAGAUGACGAUGAUUCAGAGACAGAUGAAAAUAAUUUAAAUGAUAAUACUGAAAAUAUAUUUAACACAUUGGCAAAUGAUAAUUCUGUUAAUUUAUUACGUAUUCCUUGCUUUAGUCAUACUUUACAACUUGUAGUGGUUGACGGUUUAAAAGAAUCGAGCUGUGCUCGUUCUUCCUUGGUUAAAGUUGCUAAAAUAGCGAAAUACUCGCAUUAA